AUGCCCGGCAAAGAGGAUGCAUACCAUUGGGCUCUUUUGUCCGGGCCAAAAGAUGAUCUCGGGUCAGGUUUUCAGUAUACCAUGUACCAUGUCAAAGACAAGCUAGUCAUUGAGGGUGAACCAAAGGUUGCCAGUUCAGUAUGGGAAUACUCUGUCGAGUCCGAUCGGUCUUCAAUGUUGUUGGUUCGCAUCGUUGUAGGGAAAAUACGAGAUGUACACCGGCUUGAGGCCGUUCUGCGGUCCGUUCCCCUUGGUGGUGACAAGGCAGACUGGAACUCCAUUUCAUGGAUUCGCGAGGCUCUUCACCGAGCCUCAACUGAACCGGGGGUCCUCGGCUCUCAUGUGCACAAUUGGGACGAAAUUAGACAUACUGCCAUGUCAUAUGUCGACGAAAAGAAGGCCAAACAUCGCUUUGAUGGCCUUGGUAAAUUCAAUCUUUCGAAGCCGGCUACAUGGGAUAUGCUCCAAAACAAAGAGAUGAUAAUUUGA